UAACCUUUGUCUCGUCGUCAAGUCAACGUCAACGUCUCCAGUUGUUAAAUCCUCCAAGUGUUUCACUAAAUUCGUUAACUGUAAUAAUCAAGCAGGAUUUUCCUAGAGUCCGUCUGAGAAAUCGUUUCUGCCUUUACUCUAAAUCUAUCCUCCGCUCCGCCACUGAUCUAAUCCCACAACCCUCCGAUCACUCAACCUCACAGCACAUCAGCCCCUGAUCACUGACCCCCUCGACCCUGAACCACCAAACCUUCAACCGCCUUUCCCAGACCCUUUAACUACUAAUCCUAACCCCCAAUCCCUCAACUUCCAACCCCCGGCCGCUCAACUCCCAAUCCCUGUCUUCGACCCCUAAACCUAACCUUUCAAACCCCCUAACCUUUCAAAACACUGCCUCUUUAAGCCCCAACCCUUCAACCCCGAACCUCAGACCCCCGUCUAUCUUCACCUCUCACGCCUACCCCUAACCUCUUAUUUCCAACACUAUCUCCAUCAAAAAUUAUAAUACAUCCAAUUAUAAGUUUGAGGGAAAAUGCUCGAGUUGCUUAAGAAAACACCCAAAUCCCCAUACACGUGCCUUUAAAAAAUGAGGAGUUUCCUCAAUUCCUCAUUGAUGCCAUAAUCAGAUUAGGAUCAAAUUAAUAUGGGACCACCUUGGAGAUAACUCCUUUCAAUAAAUAAAUAAAAAUACUCAAAUUGGACCACGGGUGUCGGAGUAGGUAAUUGGUGAACGUACUUCGGGUACUUCGACAACGAUAUGUACACAGAAAUAUGAAUAUAAGGAUAUAUAUAAUAUAAAAAUACUAACUAUGUACAUAGAAAACAUCCAUGACUCACAAGGAAAGGUACCCAACUGUCCGGUUCCGAUUUGAUUUAUAUUUAUAUAUGUUAUAGAGUAGUCUAAAAUAAAUAAAUUUUAGGAAAAAAUGAGUUUUAGCCCAUAUAGCAAAACACGUGCUCAUUCUUUUUUGCUGCUUUCAAACAUAUACUCAAACCAGCCAUUAACUAGCAAGUUGCUUGAGCAUCACUUUCUAUAGGAGUUAGAAGAUUUAGUAACUAUUUAGUACUUUGGAGGACAAUUUCUCCCAAUAGGUUGAGUUUGGGCAGCUAAAAAAAAUACGUGUCCGUUAUUUUAGACUACUCUAUAACAUAUAUAAAUAUAAAUCAAAUCGGAACCGGACAGUUGGGUACCUUUCCUUGUCAGGAACAAGUAAUUGUGCUCGUCACACAAAUAAAUGCCCUUACCAGAAUUCGAACCCAGGACCAUCGGCUUCAUAGGCAGGGUCACUCUACCCACUAGGCCAGACCGGUCAUGAAAUAAAAUUGCCAACCGAAUACAGAAUCUCCGCCUUCUAUGAAAUUGAAGUCUAUUAAAAAUAUCACUCGAUGUGGCAUACAUACGGAUGUCUAAACAUAACUACGUAACUAAAAUCAAUUUCAACCUUACUAAGGUUUAUUUACGUUUUGAGAGAACUAUAAAAAUGUUAUAGGGAUAUAAAUUCGGUCCACAUUUUAUUGUAUUCGCCAGUCCAGUUUAGAUACCGAUGAGCAUGCAUUUUCGCCGUUGUUUCGUCGUAUUGGGGACGGUUGUCCGUUUGCUUGAUGGAAAUAUGAUCCCAAUAGUUUCUCAACCAGAAGCAAUACCGGACGACAUCGACACGACACCGUUAAUAAGAUCAGCAGAAUUAGAGCUAACUAUGGCCUCAAAGAGAGAAGCGACUUCGGCACGGCCUACAACAUUGUUGAGGAGAAUAGAUGUACGAAGAGCAGAUUAUAAUGUCGAACACACUACAGAUAUAUUUCAAAGAAGUGCACGGAAAUUCUUUGGCUCCAUGGCACGCUUCGAUGAAAUGUGGAAAUGGGAUUAUUGGUGCAUGCUCCAACCAGAAACUGGAGACUGUGGAAAUAAUGUAACUAGAUACUACUACAACGCGCAGCUUGAUCAGUGUUUACCGCAUGUGUUCUCUGGAUGCCGCACAAAGAACAAUAAAAACCAAUUCGAGUCGAUCGCGGAGUGCGAUAACCAUUGCAAAGGGACUGCUCUCAUGCCGGCGAGCUUCCCACCUAUCAUAGACAUUUGUAAGCUUCAGCCCAUAUCUGGGCGAUGUCUGGGUCAUUUUACAAUGUUCUAUUAUGACGUAAACGAAAAGGAUUGUAAAUCGUUCGUGUAUGGGGGUUGUGCCGGCAACGAGAACAAGUUCGAAAGAGGACUGCAGUGUCUAACGCGAUGUCAAGAGCAGAAGUGGAUCGAGCCGAACGACACACAGGUCCCGGAGGACUAUGAAGUGGGUGGGGCGAAUCCCGGGUGGGACGAGGACCCCGUGGUCACAAACACGCGUUCACCAUCAUAACUACUGACCUGACUACCACGUUCAGUGGUAAUCAGGUCUACUUAUGUACCUGUAAAUUGAGUAGUACAGUCAGUCUGAAAAUAUUGAUACGGACACAGUGCUAAAAAUAUAUACACAAUCUUAUUGCCCAUAUAUUAAGGUGUAUACAUCUUUUUGGCACUUAGUAGUCCGUAUAUAUUUUCGAAAGUGACCGUUACAGUACUGUAAAUGUAGUAGUUUUAUAUGAGUUUCAAAGUAAAUUUAUUUUAUGGAUUUACUCCUCAUUUAGUUAUUAACGGAAAAAAACGAUUUUUUGAAAACGGCUUUCAGUUGUAAUUUAAUACGAAAUACCACUUCCAGUAUAGUACUUGUAGUUUUUCUGAUAUUUAUGGUGUGGUUAACAUAACAAAGGAAACCACCACAUCAAGUGGGUGCAUGAUUGUAACCUAAAAAAAACCCUAACCGAUCACAGAACCCUGUAAGGUACAGGUAUUGAAAUUUGAUAUUUGUUAGAAAAUAUGAUCAGAACAUGGUAAUUUCAGUAAAUUUUAGGACUCUGUGCUGACUACAUCAGCAUCUACAAUCAAAUAUUAUGUAUAUUCCGUUUUUUACGUGUAGUUUAAAUGGACUGAAGUCAAUCACUAACAACAUACGGGUGAAAUCAGGACAAUCGCAAAGCUAUUCAAUACCCUUAGCGGGUUUAAAUAGCUAUAAUAGUUGGGUGUUCAGCGGCUCUCGAAGUUUCUAUUCAGAGUAAUCGUUUCUAAUGGAAACAUUACUCCUCGGGGAGGCUUCAUUAAGCCUAACUCCUAACGGAUGGCCCUGAUAACAUUCAGCACCCUGUUUGCAGAAUUUGAAUUUAUAAAGGAUUUAGAAGAUCAUUUAGUGAUAUCCGAACAUAUUUAAGGUUUAGAUAUAUCUAUAGCUCAAGAAAAUUAACCCGAAUAUGGGCAAUCAGGGGAAAUAAUUCGUGUAGUUUUAUAAAUUGGUACAAUUACCUUGUGGUUUCCAGAACAUACUAAAGGACCUUUAACACCGUAACAUAACCAAAUUUUUAGGAAAUGUUAUGGUAAAACAUUGUCGGACGUAAUUAUAAUGCUAUUUGUACAGAUAUUCAAGAUAUGAGCAAAAAUAUGAAAAAGGUACCUUCAACCCUCCCCUACACCCUCAGCACAACCUUCACCCUCGAGGACUUUUAGUAUGUUUAUCUGGAGACCACAAGGUAUAACUAUACCAAUUUACAAAACUACAUUAAUUAUUUCUUCUUGAGCUACUAUGUACGAUAAAAAAAGGAUGAGCUGAGGUUAGGGCUGGGUGAGUAAACAGCGCAGAUAAGCGAGAAAACAGAGAAAAAAGAGAAAGAAACAUCAAAGGGCAGGGUAAUACCGCUUCGCUUCCUCGUUCAUCCCUGAAGGUAUGAAUGAACUUAUUUGCAAGAGAACUGGUCGAUACGCUUUCCAAUAUCAGACCUCAAGUAAUUGAUGGUGCGGCCUUAACCAAGGGCGCCAAAACUCAAUCUCGCUCUACCCUGAUCGAGUGCUCGGGCCGGCACUGAUUACGGGGUCAAAGCAGCUUUGUACAAGAUGGGACACUGACAAAACCGAUUGUCGAAUGUGUGGCGAAGUGGAAGAGACAGUAAAACACCUAAUGUGUAAAUGUCACGCCCUUGCCAGACAAAAUAUAAAGGACUUUGGAGCAGGCUAUGUGGAACCAAAGGAAUUCAAAAUGCUACCCAUGAGCUCCAUCAUCUGGCACAUGGAGAUGGUCGGAAAAGCUCUUAAGUAAGUUGAGGGAUCUUUCCUACGUAAUUACAUAAAAGGAUCCCUAUGGGUCGAAGUGUAUCAGCAAGGGCUCCCGAAAAUCAUAAGAUAAGAUGGGUAUUCAUUCCGGGUAGGGUAGGGUGGUCUAAGACUGCGCACUUAAGGUUUGAGACGGGAUAAAAUAAAAACAAACAGUACAAAUGAAAUCAACUUAUGUUAAACACUAUUUGCUAAUAAGAUCAAUCAAUCUUAAGCAUAAUUGAAAAAUGGAAAAUGCGCAUUCUUACAGUACCAGCAGUGUAAGAGUACGCAGAAUGAUGUGUAAGACUGCCCGAGUGGUGUAAGAAUGCGUGAUACCUAAGGAAGCUAGAAUUAUAUACAUAAGUCACAAAGGCAGUAGCACCUGUGUGCGCUGUGCGGCUGUGCAUUGUUCAUGCCACCAUUCAUUACAAGCAAUGCAUGCGAUCCAGUCUUCAGUAAUUGGAUCUUUAUAGAUCGCGCCACAUCCCGGGCAUGUCAAAGUUUUCUUAAGUUUAUUAGACUUCGGUGCUGCUUGCUUAAUAGUUUUUUUGACUGCCUUUGGUAUCGGUUUAGUAAUUUUCUUACACGAAAUGUGGUGUGUGUGGUAUUUGCAAUCGGUUCGAGCUUUUUUUUACCGCAGACUCAGCCGUAAAGUAGACUCGGCCAUACUAGAUAUUCUUUUGCAACAGAUCUCUUACUCUCACCAUCUGCAACACGUUUACGUGCCGCUUUUAUUAUUUCUAAAAGGGCAAAUAGAACGGUCUGAUGUUCUUUUCCUCCGCGAUGUCAUACUGAAAAAAUAAAUAUGCUAAAAUAUUCAUAUAACAUGAAAUAUUUCAAUUAAAUAUAAUAGCCCCAAAUAGACGUGUAAGACUGCGCACGCAUUUUUACACGAUUGUUCCAUGCGCAUUCUUACACAUUCAUCCAUUUUUACUAAAGCAUACUGGUAACGACAUAUAUGCAAAAUGACGUGAACUAGCGACGCCCGUUCAAACACGCCGCCGCAUACGCGAUACAAAUCCAAGGUCUCAUAUUUAAAUCUACAUAAAUGUACUAAGGGACAAUGCAUUUAAAUUGAAGAAAAAUAAGAUUAAAAUGCGAUAAAAACUUCAAACUCACCUGGGAUGUCCUUUUUUUGCGUAUUCUUAUCGACCGCGCAGUCUUAAACCACAACCACCCUACCCUACCUGGUACCUAUAAGGCUCACAACAGAUCAAGACUUGAUCGUAUCAUGUGUAUCAGGAUGAAAAGUCAUAGGCAUUCAGCGAGUUUAAACUUUGAGACAAACAUUGCAAUUUAAUAAACGCUUGUAAUCACAAUCAAUCUAUUGUUGGAUUCGGCGAAUAUGUCUAAUAAAUGGUGGUAUAUUCAGACAAAAUUUAAUUUUAAUUAUUUGUGUAUAACACGUAAAAUCGACGUAUAACAAUUGAUUAGUUACUUAUUAUUAAUAAAGUCUAUACAAUUCAUGUUACGUAGGUAAGCAUAAAAAUAUGCCUUACCUAGAUGAAAAGUACAACUUGAUUCUUUUGAGAUAGAAGUGAUUACCUUCCAGGGUCCAAUUAUCAUUAUGAAAGUUUCUCGUUUCGUGGCAGGGAAGGGCGAACUGGGGUCCUAUUCGGAAUGUUUAUACUGUAUAAUUAUAUUAAUUAUAUUGGAACCGGAUAAUAGUGUGGCUAGAUUCUAAUCGCUAAAACUUGGUAAAUUCCUUUUAUAAUAUUAAAGAUUGGGAGUGUGCGUUGGAUACGACCAAAUGGCGGGAAAGAGGGGAAGAUUUUGCCCAGCAGUGGGACACUCUUAUAGGCUAAGUAAUAAAAAAUAUAUAGGUAUUUAAGAUUGCUCCUAAAUGGUGUCGUUUGGACGAGUUACGAGUAUUUGACCAGCAACAGUCAUGUAAAAUUACUUAACUAAUCUAGCUAUAAAAUAUACCUAUAUUCUUGCGUCUACCUGUUUCACCUUCCAUAGCUAUCUAAUAACUAUAUGAUAAGUAGCAUGUCAGUCGGUGUACAAUAUACAAAUUAAAGUCGGUCAGGUACAUAAAUUCCAUAUUAUUA